AGUUUUCAAUCUGAUGUGUCUCUCCGGGGGGCUCCGGAUGACACUGGCUUGACGAGGAGACCAACAGCAUCACGUGAUUGGCAGGUGAAGUGAUUGACAUCCACAAGGUGGCACGGGGAAGACGAGUGAAGAGGCCGGUGUGUAGGAACACCAGCAUGGCUGUGGAAAGCUUUCCUGAACUCCUGCAGAAACUGCGGGAGGUGCAUGAGCAUGAUUUAGAGGGGUGGCAAGAGAAAGUACUGGAGCUGACAAAUGAAAAGAAUAUCGAUGCAAAGCGCAUAGAAGAACUUUACAACAGGAACCAGCAGAUGAAAGAACAGCAGCGGAUUCUUACUGAAAACAUCAAACAACUGGAGAACAGGUUGCGGGCCGGGUUGUGUGACAGGUGUACAGUCACUCAGGACGUUGCUAAAAAAAGACAACAGGAGUAUGAAAACUCCCAGCUCCAGAGUCUGCAGCACAUCUCUCUACUAGUGAGUGAGAUGAAUGCAAUAAAGAAAGAAAACGACAGACUGAGAGAGGAGCUGAAGGGCUUGAGGGAUCUAUCAAAUCAGCAGAAUGGUCAUUCAGAGGACACAAUCACCCCAGAGUUCAAGGUGUCACCUGACACAGCAGUGACUGCUUUGACUUCACUGGCCUCAGAGCUGAAGUCCAGCCAGCAGAAUCCACCAGGGGACGCCACUGUAUCUGCAGCGACUGUCAAACGUGAGACGGACAAUAGCCCAACUGACAUCCUGAAGAAAGCUUCUGAACACAAACUUAUGCAAAGCUGGGGCAGGGCGUUUUCAUUUGAAUUGAAUAAGCCCAUGUUGCCCACCUCAAGAUGGGGCACAGAGCACAGUGCUGAAAGGAGAUCUUCCAGCGUGGACUUGGUUGAGCACAGACAUUCCCCUUUGUCUCCUUCUCUUCCAUCUCCUCGUAGUCUACUGAAGAACAAUCCUAUUUUUUCUUCUGUCGCCUCUGAGGAUCGUAGCAACCGGCAACAAAUCCACGCCCCCGUCCCCUUCCGGCCGCUUCCGAUCAAGACCGGUCUAGAUCGUCUGUCUAUCCCGUGGUCACUCUCAGAAUCAACUGACUGGGUAACAUUAGCAGCCCGCGGCUCUGGUGUUGGUAGCGGGAUAGCGGUUCACCCAAGCCAGACCCCAAUUACCAGCUCAAACAUUUUGCAAUUCCCAAAACUGAUCUCAUCAAGCAGCGGCCUCCAGUCUCGCGCACAUGGCCCAACACCUAGUGGCCUGCGGUCCUGGUCCCGCAGAAACCUGUCAGAGCAUGCAGAGAGUAGAGAAAAGAGAGUGACAGAAGCCGUUACAGCGCCGCCCCAGUGGAAGGCCUCAGCAACGCAGCCAGAGAGGAUUUUUGUAGAGAAUCUGAGAGAGGAUGAAGAGGAAGCUCCGUUAGACCUGUCUGAGUCGGGACGUUCAAAAAGCAAAGAGAAAGAGAAAACACACUCUCAGAGCGAUGCAUCUUCAUCUUCAUCUUCCUCACCACCUGCUACACUUUCAUCGUCAUCUCAAUGCCCAUCAAGCCCUCAGAGUGACCAGCAGACAGCAGACAAUAACACACAGCAGGAGGAAGCACAGGAAACAUGUAAGGAGCAGAGAGAGGUAAAGGAAGGUGAAACAUCUCCAGCAGCUGAAACGUCUGUCAGCUCAGAGGAGAGGAAAAUCCCAGCACUAACCAUUUCCCUCCAGCCAGUUGUGGUUAUGGAGUCCCUUAAAACAAGACGACAGGUGUCUGAUCCUGGAAACAGACUGACGGAGCAAGAGGAGAAGGAGAACAAUAGCAUUGAAGCAAGCAGAAAAAGACCUGGACAGGAUACUGAUGCUCUUUCCCAGCGCUCACUAAAGGAGAUUAAAAUACGGCUGAGCAGGGGACAUCAAGGAACCCAUGCAGACUCAGAGCAAGGAUGAAGGCAACGGAUUUAACUAUUAUGUAUGAUCUGCUGUGGUUAUUCAGACAACCAUUUUGUUUUCACCCUUCACCACCAGUUUCCAAGUUCGAAUCGCUGGUGUUCGCUUUAGUUUUCCAGAAAAACCAACACUAGACUUCAGCCGCACGCACCUCUUAUCAACAUAAUUCUAGUGUAUCGAAUACAAUGCAUACUGCAGUGCAGACUGGAAUUAAAUAAGAUAUAUUUUUUUCGUGUUCAAGCUAUAUCAUUCAAACUGUAUGUGGAUGAAUUUGUGCUGGAUUAAUUUGUUAUUUUAUUGUGUCGAUUUCCCAGAAAUCUUUAGCGCUACCAAAACAGGAAGCUUCACUUUAUUCACUUUAUUCUUCCUCUUUUAUACCAUAUCAUGAGUUUUUAAUAAGCACAUAUAACAGGAGUACAUGCAAUUGCUUGCUGUCUUGUGUUGUUACCAUUCUGUCAUGUCAACACUCAGUUUGUGUUCAUUCUCUCUUCCGUGUAAGAGGUGUCGCAUCUCAUCUAUUUUUGUCUCUGAGCACUACAGCCUGCUUCUUGUAGAUGUGACAAAAUGAAAAACCCUCGGCUUCCCCUUUUGGUUUUUUUGAGAUGUCAAGCAUAUAUUUUGUAAUAGUGAAUUUUCCACUUGCAGCUGUAAAAGCUUUCAGAGUGUAAAAGGAGGAAGGGUAAAACUGUGAAGAAAAAAAAUAUAUAAUUUUUUUUUACUUUCUGUACCAUUGCUUCAAACUAGACGUAAA